AUGCGACCGAUCGGACAACUCGCGAACCUUCUCGCCUGCGCCCCACCCGGAGCCGCUCCCGUGGCGCAAAGGGUGUGCGGGGCCGCCUGGGCGGUCCAGCGCUGUGUGCUGGCGAGGGCGGUGGGGACGACCGUGGAGCCGCCGAGCGCGCACGACGAGGGCGGUGCGGAAGCGAGUGAGUCGGCGGGCUGUUGUUCGAAGAACAAGAACACCCUGGAGGGCCUAUCCGCGGAGGAGCUCGCCAAGACGGGCCUGCCCUCCAUCGCGGAGCGGGCGCGCAACUUGAUCGCCGCCGGCCUGCGUUCCCAGGCGUCGACCGUGAGGACGACGGACCUCGAACGAAUCCGCGAGAGCCCGCGCGGCGCGGUCCACUCGUCGAUCGUGGACGUGGCCCCCAUCGACCCCCCAGAAGUGCUCGUGGUCAUCGACCGGGCGGAUGCGGAGGGGCGCCAGCACUUCGAGAACCUGCGAAACACCGAGCGCAUGUCCCUCGCGUACGGCACCGCGAGCACCUCCGCCGUCGCGCGUCUCCUGGCCUCCGCAGGCCGCACGCAGGAGCGGUGCGUGGUGUACGGCACAGCCCGCGAGGCCCCCCCCGGCGCCCUCGGGCACGCGAUGCGGCUGCUGGACAGGGCGCGCGCGCGGCAGCACCUCGGCUCCCUCCGUGGGGACCCCCCCGCCCAGCCCGGCGGCGCGGCGCACACGUCCGGAGACAGGCUCGCGCUGUCCUUCUCGCCUGAGUCGGUGACGUACAUCGACCGGCAGGGCCGCACGAUGCGGCUGUCGGCGGACGAGGUGCACGAGGCGUACACGGACCCGCUCGCGGCGAGCCAGGCGGCCAUCGUGGGCGCGCUGAACCAGUCGGGCGAGCGCCGCGCGGCGUUUGCAGCCUUCUGUGCGGGGUACAUGGGGCGCGAGGUGCGCGACGCGGUGAUGGUGCAGGUGGACCGGGGCGGGUUCACGCUCCUGGCGCAGGAGGCGGGCGCUGACGGCGCGGCGCCCGUCCACACUGAGUUUCGCUUCCAGUUUCAGAGGGAGGCGCGGGACGCGGGGACACUGGGGGCGAUGCUGGACGACAUGGCGCGCGAGUGCGGCGGCGACGUGCAGGGCGCGUCACAGGCGAGGUGA